AUGGAGGUCGCCUCGCCAGGGGUGUCAAAUGGCCUUACUUCGCCAAAUACUUUUCCGACUACAGACCCAACUAUUGUCGUUCAACAUCUGGCAGAGGUCCUCCAGGGAACUUUGGGCGCGUUACGAAAGGAUUUAGAGAGCUCCGGAAGCCUGCUAUCCAAGGCCAAAUACUCUGAAACGCUUCAACGAUGCACUCAAUUUGCAUCUGAGCCGCAAACCGCGGUCUACGCUCAUAAGGAGCUUGUGGAAACAGAAGAGAUCAAUGGGACUGAGGAGGAAGACUCUUCUUGUACUAGGUAUAUUUACACACUUAGCCCAGAGAUAUCUAUAUCAUCGACCACUGUUGCCGCUGUUGCAUUUCUCAAGUCGCCGUCUCCCCUCGAUUCCACCGUUCCCAUAUCAUCUCAAGUCCAAGUUCUCACUUUACCAGGCUUCUCUGCAUUGAAUUCCACAGCCCUACCGCAGGCCCCUUCAGUGUCUCCGUAUGAAGUACUUCACUCCCUUGUUCACCUCGGCCUUGCGCCAUACUUUGAGGCGUGCACAAGAGGCCAAGAUGGUGCUAAAACAAGGGGUGAUACAGAUGCGAAAACUGGAGUGCCAGGUGCGAAGAAGAAGAUCGCGGAGCUUGAACUCAGUUUAUUGCAUCUCCAGCAGAAUAUUGAAAUCCCAGUUUUAAACCUGCCGAUGCAUGAAAUAGUACAAACAGCUUUAAAUGAGGCACAAGCGCGAGGUGUCAAACCGUCCGUGGAUCUUAUUCCGAGUUCUGUACUUGAUAACCAUAUGGUCAUCAAUAGUAUUCAAAGCACCGUCAAUGGGUGGAUUAAGUCAAUCCAGAGUAUUACGAAGAUGUCGCGUGAUCCAGACAGUGGCUCUGCAGCCCAGGAAAUCAAUUUUUGGUUAGAUAUGGAAACAGCCCUCGAGGGUAUCGAAGCGCAGCUUCAAGCAGACGGGGUGCAGCUUACAAUGAACAUUCUACGACAUGCGAAACGAUAUCAAGCUACCCUAAGCUUUGUCGCGGAUACUGGGCUCAAAGAGGCGGCGGAUACAGUUCAAAAAUAUAACCAGUUGCUACGGGAUUUCCCCCUCCAUGAAUUGCAGUCAGCAACUUCACUCCAGAAAAUUGAGGAAGCGCUGAAUUUAAUUUUUGCUCAUUUAAACAAAAAGCUCCGCCUCUGCCCCUACCCUAUCAAGCGUGCUCUGUCUCUAGUCGAAGCAAUUUCUGGGGACCUUGAUUCAAGGAUACACGGCUUAAUCAACGGAAGAAUGAUUAUGCAUUUGGAUUUCAAAGAAUUUCGAGCUCUGAUGCGCGCUGCCCAAGUAAUAUGGCGUGCGUGGGAUGAGAAUAUCAAAGAAUUCACCAACGUUGCCCGCGACGCCACAAGACGCCGCAAUGAGAAAUUUAUUCCAAUUAAAAUCAGAUCAAAGCAUGCAGAGACCCAGGACCGCUUGAAAUAUAUAAAUACUUUCCGCACAAACCAUGAGCAGCUCCAACGCACGAUUAUGAAUGUCCUUGGACCUAAAGCAAGUCAACCAAUCGCAGUUUCAACAAGCUCAAAUGUUGAUCCCAGUAAUGUCGACGAGAUUGGUGAUGUCGAUGCUGUGGAGGAAGUGAGGCAAGCUUACGCGCCGCUAAAAGACGUAGACGUUCUGGAUGUUUCACCUAAAGGCACUGAGCGGUGGAUUCAGGAAGAGACGGCGUACAAUGAAAGAACAUCGCGAGUAGAAAAUUUAAUCAUUGCACGACUGCGUGAUCGACUUGCUACGGCUCAAAAUGCCAAUGAGAAGUUCCGAGUCUUCUCGAAGUUCAAUGCUUUGCUUGUCCGCCCAAAGAUUAGAAGCGCAAUUGGAGAAUACCAGACCAAGUUAAUCGAUAAUGUAAAACAAGACAUCGCCACUUUACAUGAGCGAUUCAAGCAGCAGUAUGGCCAUUCAGAAGCGCAUGCAAUGGCUCAGCUACGAGACCUCCCUCCCGUAUCUGGUGCAAUUAUUUGGGCAAAACAGAUUGAGCGUCAACUAGAUGGAUAUAUGCGAAAAGUUGAAGAUGUUCUGGGAGAAGACUGGGACCUGCAUUCUGAAGGACAGAAAUUGCAAGCUGAAAGCAACAUGUUUCGGAAGAAGCUUGAUACUCGACCUGUUUUCCAAGCUUGGCUACACGAUGUUCAACGACGAAAUAUCACGAUAUCUGGGCGAUUAUUCAACAUUUCCCGAAAUCGAGCAGCUGGAAAUGUCCUGGAGCUUGCUGUCAACUUCGACUCCCAGAUUAUUGCACUCUUUAAGGAAGUUCGAAACCUUGUCUGGCUGAACUUCCAGAUACCUCAUGCAAUCAAUAGUGUAUCUAAGGAGGCUAAACGUGUGUAUCCCUUCGCAAUCAGCUUAAUGGAAAGUGUCAGGACACUACAUCAAACUAUUCGGUCGAUUGCAUCCAUGACACAGGCAGCUAUAUUGCUGACUGGCUACCAGAGUGAUGUACAGGCACUGAUAAUGAAGGGAUUGCCAUUACGCUGGGAAUCUUUCAUUCACUCUUACGAGCUCCAUGUCAAACAGAGCAUUGCGAAUGGCUCUGUGGAUCCGUCUGUUGCACCCACCCGCGGAGAAAGUAAACAUGUUCAAUUUGUUCGCGAAUUCGCUGUGUCAGCUUCCUUGUUGCAGUCUAAAUGUGCUACAUUGAUUUCUAUCGACGAGUCUGUUCAGAAAAUAGUUAUUGAACUCAGAUCUUGUCCGUAUGAUGGCGCAGCUUUUCGCCAGCGACUGGACCAGAUUCAGAUCGCAGUUGAUAAGUUAAACUUGGAAAAUUACACUAACCUUGGUUUCUGGGUCUCCAAUCUCAACAACAAGAUCGAAUCUAUUCUUCAAGAUCGCCUGCGUCGAGCCAUACGACAUUGGAUCCAGUCGUUCCAAGACGCGACAAAUGAAAGCUCCCAUAAACAAUACCACGGAGAUACUUUCGACACAGGAAGCGAAGAAAUGGAAAUGCAUAUUAUUCAAUUUCCCAAGCUUCUCCAUGAAAUUUCAAUGCGCAACCAAGUCAUGCAUCUUGACCCUCCGUUGGAAUUUGCGAGAGCCAAUUGGAUCUCACACUUUGAUCAAUGGGUUGGGAUUCUUUGUAACUUGCAAAAAAUCAAGUCUUCGAGAUACCAGCUUUCUAUUCAUGCAGAUAAAUCGCUUCUUUCUGAAACAAACUUUUCUGCCCUUCCUCGACACUGUGCUGGUCAAUUAAAGGAGGUAUACUCUACGAUAGAGGCCAGGGUCCAAUCAAUCUCAGGAUAUAUUGAAAAAUGGUUACAGUUUCAAUCUCUGUGGGACUUGCAGCCCUCUCAUGUCUAUGGUGUACUUGGCGAGGACCUAACUCAAUGGUUGCAACUGUUACAAGAGAUCCGCAGGAGCCGUGCGACCUUCGAUACAUCCGACGUACGAAAGUCCUUUGGAAAUAUCACCGUCGACUACGAACAAGUUCAAACUAAAGUUAAUGCUAAAUAUGACCAAUGGCAACGCGAAAUCUUACUCAAAUUUGGUGGGAAGCUUGGAACUCGUAUGCGGGAAGUAUACGCAGAGCUGCAAGCCGCUCGAAGAGAUCUUGAGGGACAAUCUUUGGAAGCAUCCUCGACUGCCCACGCCGUCUCUUUUAUCACAAUCGUUCAACAAUGCAAACGGAAAGCUCGUGUUUGGGAAGUAGAAGUUGAUCUGUUUCGACAGGGACAAGCUACUCUUGCCCGCCAGAGAUAUCAGUUUCCUAAUGACUGGCUUCAUAUCGAGCAAGUUGAUGGUGAAUGGCUAGCUCUAAAUGACAUCUUAGAACGUAGAAGCAAAACUGUGCAAGAUCAAACCGAUGCCUUGCGAGCCAAGAUCACCGCUGAAGACCAAGUUAUCAACGAUAAGAUCGUUGAGAUAGUUUCGCAGUGGAAUGAGCAGAAACCGGUGUCUGGCUCCACACCGCCCGACGAGGCAUCGAGAACCCUCGGAUAUUUCCAGUCCCGCCUUGAGGGCCUACGGUCUGAAUCCGAAAUGGUCUCUAAAGCGAAAGAAGCACUUGAUCUACCAAGUUCGGCAGAAACUGUACUUGCUACUGUUCUUGAGGAGGUUCAAGAUUUUAUGGUUGUGUGGGCUGCCCUUUCGACAAUCUGGAAGAGUCUAAAUGACUUAAGGGACGUGCUCUGGAACAGCAUCCAACCCCGCAAGCUUCGACAAUCUCUUGACGGGCUCAUCAGGAUGACGAAAGAAAUGCCCAGCCGGAUGAGACAGUACGCUGCUUUUGAAUAUAUUCAAAGCAUUCUUCGUCAACUUCUCAAGACCAACCCCUUGCUUGCCGAUAUGAAAUCUGAAGCACUACGUGAGCGCCAUUGGCAGAAAAUUUUCAAGGCUUUGAAACCAGGCAACAGGUUUUCUCUUAUCUCCCUGACCCUCGGUGAUGUCUGGGAUUUAAAUCUCGUAGCUAGUGAGGUUGUCAUUCGUGAUAUCAUCACGCAAGCUCAAGGGGAGAUGGCUCUGGAAGAGUUUCUCAAGAUGGUUCGCGAGACCUGGCAAAGCUAUUCCUUGGACCUUGUCAAUUAUCAGAAUAAGUGCCGUCUAAUCAAAGGGUUCGAUGAUUUGUUUGCCAAGUGCAGCGAGAACUUGAACUCCCUCCAAGCAAUGAGACACUCACCCUACUAUAAAGAAUUUGAAGAGGAUGCCACGGCAUGGGAGGACAAGUUGAAUCGCGUCCAUGUUCUUUUCGACGUUUGGAUUGAUGUCCAGCGACAGUGGGUCUACCUCGAAGGUGUCUUUACCGGCAAUGCGGACAUCAAACAUUUGUUGCCAUUAGAGUCGGGGCGUUUUCAAAACAUAAACUCGGAGUUCUCUGCUGUUAUGAAGAAAGUCUACAAAUCACCAUUUGUUCUGGAUGUCCUGGCUAUUAAUGGUGUUCAAAAAUCUUUGGAGAGACUGGCUGAACUUCUCAAUAAAAUUCAAAAGGCCUUGGGCGAAUACCUUGAACGUGAACGAGUUUCUUUCCCACGUUUCUACUUUGUUGGUGAUGAGGAUCUGCUGGAGAUUAUUGGUAACAGUAAUGACACACUUCGCGUUGCAAAACAUUUCAAAAAGAUGUUUGCAGGUUUAUCAGGGCUGGUAAUGGACGAUGACGGGAGUAUCGUUGGUCUUACCUCAAAGGAGGGUGAAGAAGUUAGGCUAAAGAAGGAAGUCUCACUUGCUAAGACCCCAAGGAUCAAUGACUGGCUUACUGCCCUCGAGACAAAUAUGAAAUUGACACUAGCUGAACUUCUUGCGGAAGCGAUCGAACAGUUUGAACCAAUCUACUCAGCCUCUGAAGUAGACCGAACAGCUUUUAGUGAAUACCUUGCUAACUACCCCGCGCAAAUUGUUGUCCUUGGAAGCCAGGUUGUCUGGACCAGUGCUGUUCAGAAAGCUCUUGAGGAUGGCGGCGCCGGCUUGCAGGUUCUAUACGAUGCUGGUGUCAGAAUUCUCGACCUUCUGGCUGUUACCGUUCUUGGAGACCUCGAUCCCAUCAUGCGUAAGAAGUGCGAGCACAUGAUUACCGAAUUUGUCCACCAACGAGAUGCAAUCACGAAGCUGAUUGAAUCCAAUGCUUCAUCAGCGGCGCACUAUCUUUGGUUAUUACAGAUGCGAUAUGUCUACCGUCCUGAAGGAGAUUUCCUUCAACGGCUUCAUGUUCAUAUGGCAAACGCAAAGUUGGACUAUGGCUUCGAAUAUCUAGGUGUUGCUGAACGUCUUGUUCGCACUCCACUUACUGACCGGUGCUUCCUCACUCUCACUCAAGCUUUGUGCCAGAGGUUGGGCGGCUCCCCCUAUGGUCCUGCCGGAACUGGCAAAACAGAAUCCGUCAAAGCCCUAGGUCUGCAACUUGGCCGAUUCACACUUGUGUUCUGUUGUGAUGAUACAUUUGACUUUCAAGCAAUGGGGAGAAUUUUUCUCGGCAUUUGUCAAGUGGGUGCUUGGGGAUGUUUCGACGAGUUUAACCGUCUUGAAGAACGUAUUCUUUCCGCUGUCUCACAACAAAUUCAAAACAUACAGAUUGGUCUGAAGAAUGCCGAAAAUGAAGCUAAGUCUCAAAUAGAGCUAGUUGGCCGUCGUCUUCGCGUCAACCCCAAUACCGGAAUCUUUAUCACAAUGAAUCCUGGAUAUGCGGGACGAUCAAAUCUCCCAGAUAAUUUGAAGAAACUUUUCCGAAGUGUUGCGAUGUCUAAACCUGACAAGGAGCUCAUUGCCGAGGUAAUGCUAUUCUCUCAAGGUUUUAAACAAGCUAAAGUAUUAUCACGCCAAACGGUUCCAUUUUUCGACCAUUGCUCUGCCCGCCUAACGAAACAGGCACACUAUGAUUUUGGCCUUCGUGCUCUGAAGAGCGUACUUGUGAGCUCGGGUGGGCUUAAACGUCUUCGCCUUGCAAAAUCUGAUGGCAGCCUUGGCCCAGAUGAGGUUGUCGAGCCUCAGAUUAUUGUGCAAAGCGUUCGAGAGACGAUUGCACCUAAACUUAUUCGUCAAGAUGUUGAAACUAUGCUGCAAAUUCAAGCAGAAGACUUCCCGAGUGUCGAGUACGUUCCAGCUAACUUUGAAAAACUAGCAGAAGCGAUUCGUGAAAUCGCUGCUGGGAAAAAUUUUGUUGCAACAGAUACCUGGAUUUCGAAAAUUUUGCAGCUGUACCAAAUUCAGAGUAUACACCAUGGGGUCAUGAUGGUUGGUAGGUCGGGGUCGGGGAAAAGCUCGGCCUGGAACGUACUCCUUCAGGCCUUACAUAAAGUCGAGGGCGUUGAAGGCGUUUGCCAUGUAAUCGAUUCGAAGGUUAUGUCCAAAGAAGCCCUAUAUGGAAACCUCGACAACACAACUCGGGAAUGGACAGAUGGACUUUUUACUGGUAUCUUGAGAAAAAUCGUAGACAAUCUGCGCGGUGAGGAUUCCAAACGACACUGGAUUGUCUUUGAUGGCGACGUUGACCCAGAAUGGGUUGAAAACUUGAACAGUGUUUUAGACGACAACAAGUUGCUAACGUUACCCAAUGGGGAACGCUUGAAUCUUCCUCCGAAUGUUCGUAUCAUGUUCGAGGUCGAGACUUUGAAGUACGCCACCCUUGCUACGGUUAGUCGAUGUGGUAUGGUAUGGUUCAAUGAUGAUACGGUGACCCCCAGUAUGAUGGUGACAAACUAUAUCGAAUCACUGAAGACUAGAACUUUUGAAGACCUCGACGAUGAUAGUGUUCCCGCCGGUCAGACCUCCUCCAAGACAGCUGACGUGCAGAAAACGCUUGCACAAUUCUUAGAGCAGCUUUUGCAAGGGGGCGACCUUAUUCUAAAAGCUCUAGAAGAAGCUACGAAGUAUAAUCACAUCAUGGAAUACAGCGAUAUUCGGGCACUCAACACCCUUUUCAGUUUACUCAACAAGGCAUGCCGUACUAUCCUCGAAUAUAAUGUUCAGCACAUUGAUUUCCCGUUGGAUCCAGACCAGAUAGAUGCUUAUCUGUCCAAAAAGCUGCUAUUGGCCCUUGUUUGGUCGCUGACUGGUGAUUGCCCGCUGGGGGAGAGGAGGUCUUUUGGUGAAUUUGUUGCCUCACUUUCGAUCACCGACACCCCCUUACUUAGUGACUCAACAUCUCUCAUCGAUUUCGAUGUUACGUUACCCAAAGGUGAAUGGGCGACCUGGCAGUCCCAGGUGCCAUCAGUAGAAGUCAACACCCAUUCAGUUACGCAAACAGAUGUUAUCAUACCGACGUUAGAUACAAUUCGGCAUGAAGAUGUCCUUUACUCAUGGCUUGCAGAGCAUAAACCCCUCCUGCUUUGUGGACCCCCUGGAUCUGGCAAAACAAUGACCUUGUUUUCUGCUCUUCGCAAGCUACCAAACAUGGAGGUUGUUGGGCUUAACUUCUCUAGUGCAACGACGCCAGAUUUACUGAUAAAGACAUUUGAGCAGUAUUGUGAGUACAAGAAGACCUUGAAUGGCGUGGUCAUGUCUCCAAGUCAGAUUGGACGCUGGCUGGUUAUUUUCUGUGAUGAGAUCAAUCUUCCAGCACCAGAUCGAUAUGGAACACAACGAGCAAUUUCUUUCCUUAGGCAGCUUGUUGAGCAAAAUGGAUUCUGGAGAACUUCAGAUAAGACUUGGGUCACAUUGGAUCGCAUUCAAUUUGUUGGAGCCUGCAAUCCUCCAACUGAUGCUGGCAGAACCCCCCUUGGAGAGAGAUUCCUUCGUCACGCACCCUUGAUUAUGGUUGACUAUCCUGGAGAAGUGUCUUUGCUACAGAUCUACGGCACGUUCAAUGCUGCAGUACUUAAGAUCAUUCCCAUGCUUCGUGGCUACUCUGAAGCCUUGACGAAAGCGAUGGUACAAUUCUAUUUAGAAUCCCAAGCCAGAUUUACGCCUAAAAUCCAACCUCACUAUGUGUAUUCUCCAAGAGAGCUCACGAGAUGGGUACGGGGCGUAUAUGAAGCGAUCAAGCCCCUUGAAACCCUGUCUGUCGAAGGGCUUGUGAGAAUAUGGGCCCAUGAAGCCUUGCGUUUGUUCCAAGACCGUCUUGUGGAUGAGGAGGAGAGGCAGUGGACAGCGGAUACAGUGAAACGCAUCGCCUUAGACCACUUCCCAACAAUUGACGAACAGCAGGCAUUGAAGGGACCUAUUCUCUUCUCUAACUGGCUCUCAAAACACUAUAUUCCGGUCGACCAGGAACAGUUACGUGACUUCGUGAAGGCAAGACUGAAGACCUUUUGCGAAGAAGAGGUUGAUGUACCGCUUGUGCUAUUUAAUGAUGUCUUAGAACAUGCACUACGUAUUGACCGAGUGUUCCGACAACCCCAGGGUCAUCUCAUUCUUAUUGGUGUGAGUGGUAGCGGCAAAACCACGUUAUCGCGUUUUGUUGCUUGGAUGAAUGGCUUGAAAGUCUUCCAAAUUAAAGUUCAUGGCAAGUAUUCUGCCGAGGAUUUCGAUGAAGAUCUUCGAAGUGUGCUUCGCAGAGCAGGCUGCAAGGGAGAGAAGAUUUGUUUCAUCAUGGACGAAUCUAACGUUCUAGACUCAGGGUUCUUAGAACGAAUGAAUACACUCCUUGCUAAUGCUGAAGUACCGGGUCUCUUUGAGGGCGAUGAGUUUGCCGCAUUGAUGACUGCAUGUAAAGAGGGGGCACAGCGGCAGGGACUUCUGCUUGAUUCUCAAGAAGAACUUUACAAAUGGUUCACGCAGCAAAUCGUCAAGAAUCUUCAUGUAGUAUUUACUAUGAACCCUCCCGAAGACGGUCUCUCUUCGAAAGCUGCUACCAGUCCGGCAUUGUUUAACCGCUGCGUACUUAACUGGCUAGGUGACUGGUCGGACCAAGCGUUGUUCCAAGUUGGGUAUGAACUGACACAGUCCGUUGACCUUGACAAAUCAAACUUCAUUGCACCGGAUAGCAUCCUAGUGGCAUACCGAGGUCUUUCCCUCCCGGCUUCUCAUCGCGAUACCGUGAUCAACUCAAUGGUCUACAUCCACUAUUCCCUGCAGAGAUUUAACCUGCGCCUUCAGAAACAACAAGGCAAAACGACAUUCCUAACACCUCGGCACUAUCUCGAUUUUGUUGCGCAGUAUGUUAGAUUGUUCAAUGAAAAACGAGAGGACCUGGAGGAGCAGCAGCGUCAUCUUAACGUAGGCUUAGAAAAGCUCCGAGAAACUGUCGAUAAAGUUAGAGAUUUGAGGGCAAGUCUGGCUCAAAAGAAGACCCAGCUCGAAAAGAAAGACGCCGAGGCCAACGAGAAGUUACAGCGAAUGGUAGCCGAUCAGCGCGAGGCUGAACAGCGCAAAGCAGCUUCUCUUGAAAUCCAAGCAGCACUUGAAAAGCAGGAACAAGAAGUUGCCAAACGAAAAGAAAUUGUUCUCAACGAUCUGGCAAGAGCGGAACCGGCUGUCAUUGAAGCUAAAAAGAGUGUCAGCAACAUCAAAAGACAGCACCUUACUGAAGUUCGCUCCAUGGGUAACCCGCCGGCUGGCGUACGUCUUGCCCUGGAAUCCGUCUGCACUCUUCUUGGGCACAAGGUGGACAGCUGGAAGACUAUACAAGGGAUUAUUCGCAGAGACGAUUUUAUUGCCAGUAUCGUCAACUAUGACAACGAAAGACAAAUGACUCGCGGACUUAGAAACAAGAUGCAGAAUGAAUACUUGUCGAAAGAUGUAUUCACUUUUGAAAGGGUCAAUCAUGCCAGUAAAGCCUGUGGGCCCUUGGUACAAUGGGUCGAAGCACAAGUCAAUUACUCAGAAAUUUUGGAUCGGGUUGGCCCACUUCGAGAGGAAGUCGGCGAUUUAGAAGACCAGGCCCUGCAAACCAAAGCGGAGGCGCAGGCUAUUGAGAAUACCAUCAACAACCUUGAAAGCAGCAUUGCAACCUACAAGACGGAAUAUGCUGCCCUCAUCAGUGAGACUCAGGCGAUCAAAACGGAGAUGUCGAGAGUCGAAUUCAAGGUGGACAGAAGCGUCCGAUUACUGGAUAGUUUGUCUUCAGAACGCUCUCGCUGGGAGGAGGGAAGCAAGUCUUUCGAGACGCAAAUAUCUACUCUGGUUGGAGAUGUUCUGAUUGCCGCUGCUUUCCUUGCGUAUGGGGGAUUGUAUGACCAACAGUUCCGCAAAGCGAUGAUUGACGACUGGGUACACCAGCUCGCGCAAGCGGGCAUCGAUUUCAAGCCCCAUAAUCCUAUCACAGAGUAUCUCUCCAACGCAGAUGAAAGGCUGUCCUGGCAGGAAAACUCUCUUCCCGUUGAUGACCUAUGCACAGAGAACGCUAUCAUCCUCAAACGCUUCAAUAGGUACCCCCUUAUUGUUGACCCAUCUGGCCGGGUGACGGAGUUUUUGCAGAAGGAAAGCAAAGAUCGAAAACUCACGGUGACGAGCUUCCUCGACGACUCGUUUAUUAAGCAGCUCGAGAGUGCCUUGCGGUUCGGGAAUCCGAUCCUUAUCCAGGAUGCGGAACAUUUGGACCCGAUCCUCAACCACGUCCUCAACAAAGAAUACCAAAAGACGGGUGGCCGUGUGCUUAUCCAGCUUGGCAGACAGGAAAUCGACUUUUCACCAGCAUUCAAACUCUUCCUGUCGACCAGAGACCCUUCUGCCUGUUUCCCGCCGGAUGUCUGCAGCAGAACCACAUUUGUCAAUUUCACAGUCACGCAAAGCAGUCUGCAGACCCAGUCUCUCAAUAAAGUGCUUAAAGUGGAGCGGCCCGACGUGGAUGAGCGAAGGACUAACCUUAUCAAACUACAAGGCGAAUUUAAGAUUCACCUCCGUCAAUUAGAGAAACGCCUGCUUCGCGCGCUUAACGAGUCCCGUGGGAACAUCCUUGAUGAUGACAAUGUUAUCGAAACACUUGAGACCCUGAAGAAGGAAGCAGCAGAAAUCUCGAACAAGAUGCAUGAGACAGAGGGUGUGAUGACGGAGGUGGAGAGCAUUACGCAGCAGUACAAUAUCGUUGCGCGAUCCUGCAGCUCCGUUUUCGCUGUUCUCGAACAACUACACCACCUCAACCAUUUUUACCAGUUUUCCCUCCAAUACUUUGUGGACAUUUUCAACGAUGUGCUCCAUAAUAAUCAGCGUCUAGCGCAGGAAAAAGACCAUGCAGCCAGAGUUGAUAUUAUCCUACGUGAUCUUUUCAUUGCUACGUUCCAGCGAACUUCCCUUGGUUUACUGCAGAAAGAUCGGAUUACGCUUGCUAUGCUUCUUGCGCAGGCUUCUCCGUACCAGAUGGACCGGACUAUCAUUGACGACAUCCUAGAUUCGAACGUCAAAGAGGGCGAUGUGUCCACCAACCCGGAACUCAAGGACGACAUCAUGGCCAAGGUUGCUCAGAUGGCUCUAUUCAAAGACGUCAUAUCCAAUGUCGAGACACAGAGCUGGGAGCAAUUCUUCUCGGAGGAGCUGGCGGAAGACUACGUUCCUGCAGCGUGGAAGGACGGCACCGAAGCAAUCGAUCAGCAACUUCGGUCGCUUCUGCUGGUAAAACUGUUCCGAACGGACCGGUUUGUGCCAGCGGCCGAAAAAUUCGUCGGCACAGUGUUCGGACGCAGCUUGUUUGAAGGCAGCGGAGACCUGAAGGAAGUGGUGGAGCAAGUGACGGCCACGACGCCGAUUGCGCUCAGCUCGAGCCCUGGGUUCGACGCCAGCUACAAGGUCGACGGGCUGGUGGAGCGGAUGCAUGCAACGUGCGCGAACAUCGCGAUGGGGUCCAACGAAGGGCUGGAGAGCGCGGACAAGGCGAUCGGGCACGCGGCGUCGAGUGGCAACUGGGUGCUGGUGAAGAACGUGCAUCUCGCGCCGGCGUGGCUGCAGAGCCUGGAGAAGCGGCUGGACUCGCUCAAGCCGCACGCGGACUUCCGGCUGUUCCUGUCGAUGGAGUCGAGCCCCCGGAUCCCGGUCAACCUGAUCCGGGCGUCGCGGGUGCUGAUGUACGAGCAGCCGGCGGGCAUCCGCGCCAACAUGAAGGACUCGCUCUCGUCGCUGAGCCAGCGGGCCAGCCAGCCGCCGGUGGAAAAGGCGCGGAUCUACCUGCUGCUUUCGUUCCUGCAUGCGGUGGUGCAAGAGCGGUUGCGAUACGCGCCGAGCCUGGGGUGGAAAGGGUUCUGGGAGUUCAACGACAGCGAUUACGAGUGCUGCGCGUUCAUCAUCGACGCGUGGGUGGGCGCGGUGGCGCAAGGGCGGUCGAACGUGGCGCCGCAGAAGCUGCCGUGGGAGCUGCUGCGCACACUGAUCACGGAGACGUACGGCGGCAAGAUCGACGACGCGGCGGACUUCGCGGCGCUGGGCCAGCUGGUGCAGCAGGUGGUGCGGGCGGCGGCAUUCGAGCACGACCACGACGGGCUGGUGGCGGGCGUGGACGACGCGGCGCUGCGGCUGCCGGCGGCCACGGGCGUGCGCGAGUUCCUGGCGUGGGUGCAGCGGCUGCCGGAGCGCGAGCCGCCCACGUACCUGGGGCUGCCGGGCAACGCCGAGAAGCUGCUGCUGACGGGCCACGGGCGGCGGCUGAUGGCCGACGUGGCGCGCAUCUCGACGCUGCUGGACGAGGGCGAGCAGCUGCUGGUGGACGCGGCGGCGAUGUAG